AUCAUUAUGAUGGCGUCCACUGUGACAUCAGACAGCAGGCUCCAGUUCUCCAUAGAUCGGAUCCUGGGUCUGGAGCUAGAACCACCUGGAAGCUGCCUGAAGAUCCACCGACCCUGGACAGAGAUCGGAGCAGAGAAGGAGAACAGAGGGAAUGUUUUGUGCUCUAAGCAACAACAUCGUUAUCAACAACAACAACAACAACCUCAACAACAACAUCAGCAGCUGAACUCUCCCAGACCGUCAUCAAACUGGUACAUCGGACGCAGACCACGGACCGCCUUCACCAACAGCCAGGUGAGCGUGCUGGAGACGGUGUUCCAGGUGAACUGUUAUCCAGGCAUCCAGCUGAGGGAGCAGCUGGCCGCCAGGCUGCAGCUGGACGAGGACAGGAUACAGAUCUGGUUCCAGAACCGGCGGGCCAAGCUGCGGCGUUCCCUCAGAGAAACCCGUCUGCAGCUGGUUCAGACGGCCGUGGCCGACCUCGGGGUCCGGCAGGAGGUCAUAGGUCACCUGAAGGCCAAUCAGGAUGCAGGAGGCGACCUGCAGCUCGCCCAGCGGAUCGCCUCCCGCCUGCAGCUGGAGGAGGAGGAGGAGGAGGAGAGGAAGUGA